AUGUUGCGGGAUGCUGGAUACCUGUUGCUGCUCGCUUCUAUCCCGGCGCUGGUCCUCCUGCAUCUGACGAUCGCUCCAUACACCAAAGUAGAGGAAUCGUUUCACAUUCAGGCCAUCCACGACAUCGAAACGUAUGGGAUCCCUACGCGCAAUGUCAAGGAUACCCUACAGGCCGAGUACGACCAUUUUACAUUCCCCGGGGCUGUUCCUCGGACGUUCGCCGGUGCUAUCGCUCUCUCCGGGCUUUCGUCGCCGAUUAUCUGGUUGAAGCAUGAUAUUGACCGGCAGUUCGUAGGCUUGUUCAAUGCUCUCUCACUCCUCUACUUUGCGAGCGGCUUGCGACGCGCGGCCGGGAAGACCGCCGCUGUCUGGUACCUCUUGUUCCAGGCCAGCCAAUUCCAUGUUCUAUUUUACGCAUCGCGGACGUUGUCCAAUAUGUUCGCCUUUAGCAUGACUACAUUUGCUCUGGCAUCUCUUCUUCCAGAGCCCGUGAGCUUAACCACAUACCGCAAGCGGGGCAAGAUAGCCCUAUACCUCAUCACAAUCGCGGGCAUCGUCUUCCGCGCUGAACUGGCGCUCUUCCUGGCAACGCAUACUCUCUUCCUUCUUGCGACAGGCCGCAUCAGUAUUCAGCGUGAAAUUAUUCCUGCGGGCAUUUUGGGUCUCCUCCUCGGCCUAUCCAUAACCCUGCCCGUCGACUCUUUCUUCUGGCAGAAGUACCCCCUUUGGCCAGAGCUCGCAGCGUUCAAGUUCAAUGUCGUCGCUGGUCAGGCAUCAGAAUGGGGCACACACUCAUGGCAUUACUACUUCACUAAUGCUCUGCCGCGUCUCCUGAUGAACCCCCUAACCUACCUCAUCGGUAUCCCCGUAUCCCUCCUCCAACCCGCGACCCGGCGCAUAGCCGCAUCAAUCCUCGUCCCGUCGUUCGCCUACAUCGCCAUCUACUCCGCGCAGCCUCACAAGGAAUGGCGCUUCAUCGUCUACGCAAUCCCACCCUUAACGGCCACCGCGGCCAUCGGCACCUCCUACAUCUGGACGCACAGGACUAAGUCCCUCAUCUACCGUUUCCUGUCCCUGGGAAUGAUUAUAGCAACCCUGGCCUCAUUCAUACUCUCAUCAUUCGUCCUCCUCCCAGCCUCGUCAGCAAACUACCCCGGCGCACAUGCCCUCAACACCCUCCACGAUUAUGUCCUCAGCGCAGCACCCAAAACAGCAGACAAACCAGUCCCCAUCUCCGUACAUCUAGGGAAUCUCGCCUGCCAAACAGGCGUGACCCGCUUCCUCCAACUCCCCAACAACCAGUACAAUAUGUCCGAUCUUCCAGUAUCAUUUACAUACGACAAAUCCCCAUCCCCAUCAUCCCUCACCGCAAAACAAACCUUCUGGUCCCGCUUCGACUACGUCCUCCUCGAACCAGCCGAAGCAGAAUCCCUCCUUUCGCUCUCCGGUUCGUCGACCGAGUACGCUCAUUCGCAGAGCUACGCAUGGGAAACCGUAGACUCAGUGACGGGGUUUGCGGGACUGCGCGUUGUUAAGCCUGGUGAAGAAGCGAGGGGGGAUAUUGAGGAAAAGAUUCUGGUUUGGGUCUUUGGAGUAAAUGCGAGUGAAUGGGGCAUUUUGGGCCUUUGGAGAGGCCUCAAGGAGGAGCUUAGGAGCAGGGUUACGAGGGGUUGGUGGGUUGAGAUCCGGAUGGAGGAGAGAAUUAGGAUCUUGGAGAGGGUGCGGUAG